UAACGACGAUAAGAAAGGCCACAAUCAACAUAAAUAGCCGCGAUAAAGAGUUAUCCGCACAGUUGGCACGGGUGCAUCCUCGCGACCAUGAAGAACCUCCUGGCAGCUGUUCUGCUGGCCGCCGUGUCCUGCGGGGCGACCAGGAACCUCACCUUCCCCGAUGGCUUCUGGUUCGGCGCCGGCAGCGCCGCCUACCAGGUGGAGGGCGCGUGGAACACCAGCGGCAAGGGAGAGAGCAUCUGGGACAGACUAUCUCACAGCAAGCAGGCCCUGAACCCCCAGACAGAGACCGCUGACGUGGCGGCCGACCAGUACCAUCACUACAAGGAGGACGUGCAGGGGUUGAAGAAAGUAGGGUUCAACUUCUACCGCUUCUCCGUGUCCUGGCCGCGAGUGCUGCCCAAGGGCGACCUGUCCGUCAUCAACCAGGACGGCCUCGACUACUACAACAACCUCAUCAACGAGCUCGUCAACAACGACAUCGUUCCUAUAGUUACAAUGUACCACUGGGAUCUUCCGCAACAUCUUCAAGACCUCGGAGGCUUUGCUAACGAUAUUAUUAUUGAUUAUUUUGAAGAUUAUGCUAAUUUGUUGUUUACGCACUACGGAGACAGAGUGAAGUGGUGGAUAACAUUCAACGAGCCCCUGUCGUUUGUGAACGGGUACUCGUCGACCAUGAUCGCGCCGGCCGUGAACGCGCCGGGCGUGGGGCUCUACCUGGCGGCGCACAACGUGCUCAAGGCGCACGCGCGUGUGUACCACCUGUACGACGACCACUUCCGCAGCCAGCAGCGAGGCAAAGUCGGCAUCACGUUGAACACGGAAUAUCCUAUGCCGAAGACUAAUUCUGAGGCUGACAUAAAUGCAACAGAGAUAUAUCUACAAUUCCAGCUGGGAUGGUUCGCGCACCCCAUCUACAGCUCAGAGGGCGACUACCCCGCCGUCAUGAAGGAGAGGGUGGCCAACAAGAGCAGGGCGGAGGGACUGCCGAGGUCCAGGCUGCCGGAGUUCGACGAGCACUGGGUCAAGUACAUCCGAGGAACGCAUGACUUCUACGGCAUGAAUCUGUACACUGCGAACCUGAUCAGCUUGUCCAACACCACCGCAGACGCCACCGUCCCUCCAAACAGCGACAUGGGUAGCAUCAUAGCAGAGCAGGACCCCAGCUGGCCCUACGAGGGCCUCAAUAGCUUCAGGUACACACCCUUUGCAAUGAGGAAAAUGCUUAAAUUGAUAUCAGACAACUAUAACAACGUCUCCAUAUUCAUCACGGAGAAUGGCUGGUGUGAUCAUGGCGAGAUUAACGACACCAUGAGGGCGAGAUUUCUGGUGAACUACUAUGCUGCAGUUUUGGAUGCAAUACACUUGGAUAACGUGAACGUGAUUGGCCACACCACGUGGGCUUUCGUUGACACGUUCGAGUGGUUCACAUACUCGACAAGAUUUGGAUUGUUCUAUGUGAAUUUCACUGAUCCUGCCCGUCCUCGUACACCUAAGUUUUCUACAACAAUUCUCUCAUCAAUAAUCAAAACAAGAAAACUACCUGAAGAAUAUUUGGACAAAGAAUAAUACAAACUGGAAUUGAUUGUGUAUGCAGUGUACCAAUAUAUUAUAUUUUCAAUGUCAUAAAUUUUCUCCAUUUAUUUAAUAUUGAAUAAUUUAGUGCAGUUUUAUUUAAAUGUAGAGAUACAUUUUAAAUGUAUUUGGGUGUUUUACGAAUAAUAAAUUAUCUGCAUAUAUUAUGA